GUUUAACAUCUUUCUACGCCUUCUAGCCUCAUACGAUACUGACAUGCACUGGACUCUCGCUUUAUAAUGUCCAUGGAGUUUGGGAUGUCACCUAUUAUGUCUGGCUGCUCUUGAACAAAUAUCGACUGUAUCCAUGGCCUCCGAUCACCCGGGCCAAGAACUUUCGCAAGGUCAACACUUAUUCGUCAGAGCAGAUGAGGUCGACGCUGGAACCACCAUAUUAUCGCCCAGUAAAGAUCUCCCCUUGAGUGCGCUGAGCCCUUCCGAUACAAUACCUCCAGGAAGUAGACCAAAGGCUCCACCUCGUCCAGCUCUAAGACGUGAAGGUUCAGCACCACCACCUCCACCACCUUCGCAGCCGCCUCCUGCUCCUCCAACACAAACAGAUCCUACUGAUUCUCUCAGCUUACCACAGCUACGGCAAUUGGUAAGCCAGUUCCCGAAGAUCGAGCAGCAAGCGUACGCUUUUCAAUAUAGUGAUGCCGAAGACUACGAGCCAGAAGUCGACGAAUGGUUUCACUACACGGAGCUAGAACAGGACCGGGACUAUCUUCUGGUAUCGCGAGAAUCAUUCGAGCAGCGAUGGAAACAGUUCUGCCAAGAACAGGAAAUCCCUGAUGACUCAACAUGGAUUACAGUGAGCCCAGAUGAGCGUCAGCUUUUCCUGUCGGAAAUCCGCAAGGAUUUGGCACAGACAUCUUAUCCCUCUCGCAUUGAUGCUCUAUGCUGUGUAUUCUACAUUCUGACUGGUGUUUGGAGCGUGACAUCUGGUCUAGAACCGAAGCGCCCCAGCAAAGAGAAUGAAGAGCUGUCUAAACCCGAGGAUGAGCGACCUAAUUUUGUUCAAGUGCAUUGGAUGCACAAAGGGGCGGACGAGGUUCUCCAGAGUGGGAUCAUAUCAUAUCUCUACACGUGCCUGAUCAAAGCCGCACAAGCUCCUGAUGAGUGGCGUGCACAGCUGGACGAUGCCGACGAUCUUGGUGAAGGAGCCUUUGGAGAGGCUGACUAUAGAGAACUCAGCCUCUGUCUCUCAGCUUUCUAUCUUCUCGUCGAAUCGGCCAGGGUAAGAAUCAACGAUACUGCCGGGCAAGAGUUACGACAAUCGAUUGCUUCUCUAGAACCCAAUCUCCUUGUCUUCCUUACCAGCAUCAUUUCACGGCUGAGAUGGGAUGAAUCAUACAACAUACCUCUCAUGCAUGCAUUACAACUAUUCUGGAAGUCGAUACUUGUAUUGUUCGGGGACCUGACACAACAUUUGGAAAGGAUUAAAAGCAUUCUACAGCCACGAGUCGAUCCGUUCUCCGCUGACGCUGCACACCCCGUUCUGACGGCUUCUCCCCUAGACUACCAUCAAUUUCGACAGGAGAUCACCUCGAAGUAUCCUGCGUACAACCCCCCAUUGCCCUUGAUUCCGCUCGAGACGGAGCAGAAAACCAUGCUCCCACCGUUGCCACAACAAAGCCGACCUGACUCUGCCGCUCAAGCCUAUUCCCAAACCGGCAAUGCUACGCGUGGCUCAAUAUUCCAUCAGCCGGUCCAUAUUGCUACACCAGCUCCUUCACCACCUCCUUCACCCAUCGGACCAGGCGGCAAGGCAGGUAAAAAGCAGAACUAUCAGACGAAUCAGAAUUUCCCUUUCCUUUACCCCCCACUCGACAGCUCCAGCAACACAAUCGGCGGCAAGGGAUCGACGGAGGUGCAAGAUUCGAUGGUAGGGAAGCAGUGGGAAGGCAGCGACAUCCCUCUGUCAAUCAUUGAAGCCGGAGAGUUGUUUGCCAGUCGAAUGAGGAUGACGAGAGCCAUGCGCCAGUUAUGGAAGGAACGAGAUCUCUUUAUGAAAUAUGAAAGAGGCUGGCGUGCUGACAAAUUUGGUGCAUCCGAUGCGUGCAGCGAAGAUUCACAGGAAGAAAAUGAACUCAACAGUCUAGAUCCCGACCUUCGGGCUCGCAUGGAGGCUGUCGAAGAAUUUUUCCAACAAGCUCUGCCUGACCUCCAAUCUCUAGUCAUAGUUAUGAUGAAAGUCAUGCUCACCAAUGUCCAAGAUAUUGCAGUUCGAAAUGGUGGUCUUCAAGAUCCGUCCCAGACCGGUGGACUCAGUCGCUCCAAAUCGAAUUCUAACAUGGCUCAGACUCAAGGCCUCCCCAUGCCGCCGCCUCCGCCACGCCCGGCAGAGAUGACCUUGGAGGAUCUUGAUAACGUCAGAUCUCGAGAAAUCAGCCAGAAGGCCGUUUCUGGAGCAAUCUUCUUACUAUUAAAGUGGCUGAAGGUGUCUCAUAUUUUGAAGUUUGAGUACAUGACACAACUGUUGUUGGACUCCAAUUACAUCCAGCUAACCCUGAAGUACUUCGCCCAUCAGAACCUGGAAGACCUUGUGGCGUUCAAAUAUGACCGAGAGGAUCUCAGCGUGUGGCACUAUUGUCACGCACAUUCUGACCAUCCGCCACUGUCUCCUACCAGUCCCGGUGAAAGGUCAGAGGCUUCUAGCAUAGAUGAGGCUAUCCCACCGUCAAUCCCUCGCCACCGAAAAUCGCCGAUCUCAAGGCCCGAUGGUCAAUUUGGAGAACAAGAUCUGUCUCAGGGGCUGGACGCACAGAAUCGUCCAUCGGUCGACGAACUCGGCAACCCCCUGGGACCCGUUCCCUCGCAACCAAUCACUGUCUAUUCAUUUCGCCAGUUCCAGACUGCCAUCCAUCUUCUUCGCAUACUGCAAAAGCUCACACGCAGCAAGUCUCAUCGAAUUCUAUUCCUUGUAACGUUCAAAUCCUCUCAGAUUUUGAGGCGAAUCCUCCGUGUACCCGAUCCGACGUUGCGCCUGUACGUCCUGAAAUUGUUCAAGUCGCAAGUUCCUUACUGCGGCCGGAAAUGGAGACAAAGCAACAUGCGUGUCAUCACGGCGAUCUAUCUCCACUGCCGACCGGAGUUGAGGGAUGAAUGGCUCGCAGGCAUGCAUGAUGCUAGUGUCGAAGGCGAGGUCGAUGAGGCUGUGCCGCUGGAAUGGGCACUCAGAGGUUUGACAUUUUGGUGGCAAAGACGUAUGUAUCCUGGCAUCACGAGGAAGGGUAAGCGUGGUACAGUGCCAAAAGGCAAGGGCAAAUCCAAGGCCACUGAGGACGACGAUGAAGUUGCUUCAGAUGAAUACGAAGGCGGCCAAGAGAUUGACGACGAAGAACGCGACUUUUUCCGUCGUGAACUCGAUGCCAUAGGAUGGGGCUUGGCGGGCGUACGGAUUGGCGAUGGUACAGAAGAUGUUGCAUUCGGCGAGGAAGCUAUCGGUGUCAAUGGCGGAAGCAACUAUGGCUCUGCCAAUGGUACAGUUGGAAUAGGUCUUGAUCAAAGCGGCGUCCAAACACAAGGUCAGGUCCCAGCACCGCAGCCUCAAUGGAUAACUCCCGAUGCGACAAGUAUUGAGAAUUGGCAAAACAGUUAGAGACUGGGACUGCAAUCGGAGCCAGGUCAAGAUCAGUCUGACGAGGCUCGUCUAUCUUGGUGGGAAACUGAUGACGAUUAUGGAAAUCUGCCUCACGACGCAGGACCCAGCCAUGAAUAUGAUCAUGACCUGUGGCAGGCGGCGCCAGGAACGUGGACUAGGCUACCUUCCGAGGAAGUGCAACAACAGGAUGGCCCAGAAGUUGAGCAUGUAGAGGAUGUUGAUCUGAAUAGAUUGAAUGGACGGAAAAGGAGGUCUUGAUGCGUUGCAACGAAAGGGGCUUUGAGCUUGAGCCAUAAGCCGAAAGACGGCUUGUGUAUAUUUGUGAGACUGGUGCGACAACGGUAUGGCCUUGCAUGAUGUGGAGAGAGAGAGAGAGAGAGAGAGAGAGAGAGAGAGAAGUUACGAUGGAACGUGAAAACGAGCCAAGGGACGUAGGGAAGGCGAUUUGUGAUGUCGGACAACGAGGGGAUGAGGUAUGAGUCUCUCAUAUGCAGUCCAAACCGGAGACGUGCUGGGAGAAUACUCCGUAACUCGAAGCAAAGGCAGGAACAUCUCAUAGCCAGUAGUAAAUACAG